UCAGAAAAUCCGUAGCACGUUACGUGAUGGAUUCCGAGAACACAAUCGAUCAAAUCUAAAUCGAAGGAUCUGCACCUUCGGCGGCUCCCAAAUCCAUCGCGAGCGGCGUUUUUGCAGCAGCGGCAAGAGGAAUCGCGAGGGCGAACCUUGAAAUCGAAGCGUUUUCUCCAAAUUUGCUCGACGGCCGGCGCGUUGCGCCAGCAAUCGGCGAUAGCGGCCGGGGAAGAGGGAUCAAGGUGGGCAAGAAGGCUGACGGCGGCAAGGAGGAACUAGGGGUGGGAUUCGUUUCGGCCUUUUGUCUCUGCGAUUGGACAGCGGGUUUGGAACGCUGAUAGCUGAACUGGGUUUCGGGAUUGAUCAAUCGGGGUGCACUUCUAGGAGGUUUUUACUGUUCCAGAUAAUCUAAACUUCAUUUUCUGAUUGGCAUACUGUUUCCUACUGGACUUUCAAGUAAUAAGUCUCAACGCCAGUUGUAAAUUUGCAUGAAGAUAGAGGGCUAUGAACUCCAAUGCUCCUAUAUCUGGACAGGUGGCUUCUCAACCUAGCUCCCAAAUGCCCGGUCUGCCCCAGCGGAUCAACAAUUCAAUGGCAUCUCAAAUGCAGAAUCUUGAUUCUCGAAAGAUGGAUCCUGAGUUUAUGCAAUUGCGUAGAAAAAUGCAACAGAAGAUUUAUAAUACACUUCAAAAAAAAAAUCAGUCUAAUGACUGGCUGCGUAAGCUACCAGAAAUAGUCAGGCACUUGGAGGAAUGUAUGUUCAGAGACAAUGCAACAAAGGAUGAGUAUUUGACUUUGUAUAUGGAGUCAAAUGAAAAUCACUUUUUCUCCAUCAUCAAAAGUAUUAUUAGCAGCAAACACCGUGCACCACAUCAAGUUAGAGCUUCCUCUACUCCCAGUAUGAUGAUUCCAACACCUGGGAUGCAACAAGAUAGAAGCACACAAUCGAUAGUAUCUGGUUCAGUUGAGAACCCCAAAAUGGGUGGUCCAAGUGUUGAAUGUCUUCCCUCAACAAACAUGGGAAAUUUGCAACCCACUGGGAAUGGCCUGACUGAUGUCAAUACCCCAUUUAAUUUGGCUAAUGUUUCCAAUGGUCAACAGAGACAAGGUACAAACUUUCCUCUUGGUUCCGUUGUAAGAAAUGUAAUGCAUUCUAACUCUGCUGGCGUACCAAGACAAUCUAGUCAGAUGAUUCCAACACCUGGAUAUAUAGAUCCACAGGCAGUAUCCUUAGCCUCAGGAUCUUCCAAUGCAACAAAUCUUUCUAGUGAUGAGUCUACAGUACCCUUGGAGUUACAACAGAAAAGGAAUAUUGGAAACCCAAGCAACCACUUAUUACAUAGUUUAGGAGGGCAGAUUGAUAGUGGUAUCAGGCCAAGCACUCUGCAGAAAGCUUUACUGCAUAGCAUGUCAAAUGGAGUUGUGAAUGGUGGUCUGGAUUCAGUUGGGAGCAACAUGCAAUUUAAAAGGUCUACAAAUUUAGAGGGGUUACUAAAGACUGGGCCUCCCAAUGUUCCUCCUAAGCCUCUACAACAGCACUUUGAUCAGCAAAUACACCAACCUAGAAUGCCAGUGUCAUUGUCUGAGCAAAUGUUGUCUAAUGGACUUGAUGCUUAUUCUAUGAAAGGAGCUGAUGUAUCAGGAUCUAAUAUUAUUCAUGGCCCUGGUUCAUCUGCAUUAUCUGCACUGAAUAACCUUAACAAUGGAAGCUUGCAAAUGAGAUUGCGAACAAAUCCAGGCAUGCUUUACCAUCAAACAAGUUUAAAUCCUCAGCACAUACAAAUAAGGCCCCACACAAUUGAUCCUUCACACAAAUUGAAUGUUCAUGGAUCACAAUCAACAAAUGAGGUAUUGCAAUCACAUUCAGAGGUGCAACAAUCUCAGCAACAAGCUAGCCCAUCUUAUACUCAGUUCUUGCAAAACCAAAAUAAGCUGUUAUUGCAGCAGCAGCAGCAGCAGCAGCAGCAAGGUCAACAAAACCAAAAAACAAUACCAUCUGACCCGCUGAGACAGACUUCAGGAAUUUCUUUAGAUGAACAAAUGCCAGGGCAUGGACUUAUGAACCAUUCUGAGGCUGUACAUCCACAAGUUUCCCAGCAGACCCUACCAUCAGAAUCACAAUCUCAGUGUCCUGAAGUCCAUCCUAAAGCACAAUUUGCCAAUCAACUAUCUGGUUCUCAAGAUUUUCAUGUUCAGAUUCUACAGGGUCCUCACAAGUCAUUGCAGCCAAAUGAUUUGGCUGAUAACUCUCAAAGGGAUAUCAACAACCUGUCUAGUGGAUCACUAACAAGGGACCAAUUUCAACUUCAGCCUUCACAAGGGGUACAAUUGUUGGAUAAACUUUCAAUUGAAGAACCUUCAGAAUUUCGUCAGAAAAUCACAGUGAAGGAUGAAGUUCAGCAACCUCACAUCUCCCUUCAGAGAUCUAAUGCCCUUUCUGCUACAACUAUGCCCCAUUUUUCUGGGGGACUUGCUCCUGGCCUGGAAGGAUCUAUAGGCAAAUCAAAUUAUCUGAAGCAAAUUAGGUGGUUGUUGUUUUUGCACCAUGCUCGGCGUUGUCCUUCUCCAAAAGGACAAUGCCCAGAAGUUUAUUGCUUAAGAGUUCAAGAAUUAAUAACUCACAUACGUAGCUGCAAUAGUGACUCAUGCGAGUAUGCCCGCUGUAAGCCUAGUAGAGGGCUUCUUCAACAUUUCCAUUAUUGCCGAGCAGCUGACUGUCUUGUUUGUGUGCCAGUUCGUAGGUUUAUGGCUUCUUGUAGAAGGCCUGUCCGUGCUUUAUCUGAUGCUGGUUCAGAGAGUCAGGCUGAUGCUGCCAAUACUACAAGCAAGGGGAGAGAUGCUAUUGAAAUCACUGGUGAUAUGGAGUCUAAGCCCUCAAAGAUUCAACUUACUGGUGCUUUAUCUGAGGCUGCCUCAGUAAGCCAGAUAGAUGCUGACAAUAAUAGGAUCAAAAGAGAUGCAGUGAUUGCUGAACUGUCUGAUGAUAAGCAGGCUAAGUGCAGAAAAAUUCAACGUGUAUCUCUUCUUGUUACUGACAAUGGAUCAUCUGCGGCAUUGCAUUCUUCUAAGGAUCCUUCGCAUGGCUUCCAGGAGGCACAGCUUCGGAACUGCAAACAAACUGAUGUGGUCAUGCCCACUAAAUGUGAAAUCCCUGAUACAAAGACUGAACGAUACAUUAGCACUGGACAUGAAAAAUUACCAAUCUAUGAAAGUAACAUUGAUCGAAACCAGACUAAAAUGAUUGAUAUGAAAUCUAAUACUUCCAAUCAUGUUAAGUGUAAUGUUAAGCAAGAAACCUUGAUGGUUGAAGAGGAGAUUGAUCAGGCAAAAAAUUAUAUGAAGCAGGAAAGUUUUGACAAGCCCAUUGAUCAAGCAACUGCAAGUAAAUCAGGGAAGCCUAAGAUAAAAGGUGUCUCCUUAACUGAGCUUUUCACUCCAGAACAAAUCAGGGACCAUAUUCAUAGUCUCAGGCGAUGGGAUGGCCAGAGUAAAGCUAAAGCUGAAAAGAACCAGGCAAUGGAACACACAAUGAAUGAGAACUCAUGUCAACUUUGUGCAGUGGAAAAGCUUACAUUUGAUCCACCUCCAAUAUACUGUUCAACAUGUGGUGCAAGGAUAAAGCGAAAUGCUAUGUACUACACGGUUGGAAGUGGUGAAACGCGUCACUACUUUUGCAUCCCAUGCUAUAACGAGGCUCGUGGUGAUACUAUAGCAGUUGAAGGUUCUACAUUUCUUAAGGCAAAGCUUGAAAAGAAAAAAAAUGAUGAGGAAACAGAAGAAUGGUGGGUUCAAUGUGAUAAAUGUGAAGCUUGGCAACAUCAAAUAUGUGCUCUCUUUAAUGGCCGAAGAAAUGAGAGAGGCCAGGCUGAAUAUACUUGCCCAAAUUGUAAUGUAAAGGAGAUAGAAAAUGGUGAACGCAAGCCUCUACCCCAGAGUGCUGUUCUUGGUGCAAAAGAUCUUCCAACAACAAUCCUGAGUGAUCACAUAGAACAACGACUCUUCAGGAGGCUCAAGCAAGAAAGAAUGGAUAGAGCUAGACUACUUGGCAAAAACACAGAGGAGGUCCCAGGGGCAGAAGGACUUGUAGUUAGAGUUGUAUCAUCAGUUGACAAAAAUCUGGAAGUGAAGCAACGAUUUCUAGAGAUAUUUCAAGAGGAAAAUUACCCAACGGAAUUUCCUUAUAAAUCCAAGGCUGUCCUAUUAUUCCAGAAGAUUGAAGGUGUUGAAGUUUGCCUCUUUGCCAUGUACGUUCAAGAGUUUGGUUCAGAAUGUUCCUAUCCCAACCAACGAAGAGUAUAUCUUUCAUAUCUAGACUCAGUGAAGUAUUUUAGGCCUGACACCAAAUCAGUGACAGGAGAAGCUUUGCGUACUGUUGUUUAUCAUGAAAUUUUGAUAGGAUAUCUUGAGUAUUGCAAGAAACGUGGUUUCACUAGUUGCUAUAUUUGGGCUUGCCCUCCUCUUAAGGGCGAAGACUAUAUACUUUAUUGCCACCCUGAGAUUCAGAAGACUCCAAAAUCUGAUAAACUGCGUGAAUGGUAUCUAGCUAUGCUUCGGAAAGCUACAAAGGAAAAUGUGGUUGUUGAUGUCACAAAUUUAUAUGAUCAUUUCUUUAUGAGUACUGGGGACUGCAAGGCUAAGGUUACAGCUGCUCGUCUACCAUAUUUUGAUGGAGACUACUGGCCUGGUGCAGCAGAGGAUAUGAUUAGUCAACUUUGCCUAGAAGAUGAUGGUAAGAAGCAACAAAAGAGAGGGAAAACUAAAAAUACUAUCUCUAAAAGGGCUUUGAAAGCUGCUGGUCAUACUGAUCUUUCAGGCAAUGUCUCCAAAGAUGCUUUGCUAAUGCAAAAGCUUGGUGAAACCAUAUAUCCUAUGAAGGAAGAUUUUAUCAUGGUCCAUUUGCAGCAUGCUUGUACACAUUGCUGUGUGCUAAUGGUGUCUGGGGUACGAUGGGUUUGCAAUCAAUGUAAAAAUUUCCAACUAUGUGAUAAGUGCCAUGAAGUGGAAAUGAGACUUGAUGAAAGGGAAAAACAUCCAGUAUCUUCUAGAGACAAGCAUGUGCUUCAUCCUAUUGAAAUAAAUGAUGUGGCCAUGGAUACAAAGGAUGAAGAUGAGAUCCUGGAGAGUGAGUUUUUUGACACCAGACAGGCAUUUUUAAGCCUUUGUCAAGGGAACCAUUAUCAAUAUGAUACUCUUCGCCGUGCUAAGCAUUCCUCAAUGAUGGUCUUGUAUCACCUCCAUAAUCCAACUGCCCCAGCCUUUGUAACAACUUGUAAUGUCUGUCAACAUGACAUUGAAACUGGGCAAGGCUGGCGUUGUGAAACCUGUCCAGAGUUUGAUGUGUGCAAUGGAUGUUAUCAGAAGGGUGGCAUCAAUCAUCCCCAUAAGUUAACCAAUCAUCCAUCAACAGCUGAGCGUGAUGCACAAAACAAAGAAGCUCGACAAAACCGAGUUUUACAGCUAAGGAAAAUGUUAGAUCUCUUGGUCCAUGCUUCACAGUGUCGGUUUCCCCAGUGCCAAUAUCCCAACUGCCGUAAAGUUAAGAGCCUAUUCCGCCAUGGAAUACAAUGCAAAAUACGCGCUUCAGGAGGUUGUCCCUUAUGUAAAAGGAUGUGGUAUCUCCUUCAGCUCCAUGCCCGAGCAUGUAACAAAUCGGAAUGCAGCGUGCCGCGGUGCAGAGAUCUGAGGGAGCACUUGAGAAGACUGCAGCAACAGUCUGAAUCAAGACGAAGGGCUGCUGUCAUGGAGAUGAUGAGACAGCGGGCUGCAGAAGUUGCCCGAAACUCCAGUUGAUUGUAAAUAAGCAUUUCCACUUAGGAAGAACAGCAACAAAACCUGUCUUUCUUGCACCACCAACCCAUGAUGGGUUCAAAGAAGCAGUCGAUAGCAUGGUGAUGGUCUCAAAGAAGCAGCCGAUAGGAUGGUGUCGUAUCAUCAACUAAGUUAUUCAACCUAAACCCAUCUGGAAGCGAAGCACUAUGUUUCUCCUUCAUAAUUACAUUGCUUGGGUUGUAGGUGUAAGAUAGGGGUCCGUGAUUCAUCCAUUCUUAUUAAUUUUUCUAUCUUUUAUUUUAUGUCUUUUAGGCUUAGUGGGGUUAGGGAGGAAGCAGGGUGAACAGCCCUAUCAUUUUUUUGCUCAUAUCUCUAGUAGUUCUUGUCUCAAUUGAAUAUGAGAAAAAGGCAAAAAAAAAGGAAAAUGCCAUUUUUCCACUGAAAAAUUCUUUCAACCUGUUUAUAAUAGUUGCUUGAUACUUGUAAAUUAUCUUUGGCUUUGCUUUCUGCA